AUGGGACACAAAGGAAUAUUGGUGACAGGCCUGGUCUACUGCGUUGCUCUCUUUCUUCUUACUCUGCAUUCCGUGUAUGGAGACGUGAGCUAUUCUUUUCCGGAGGAGAUGGAACGCGGAUCUGUGAUUGGGAAUAUAGCCAAGGAUCUCAGCAUCGAUGUUCGCAGACUGUCCGCCCGUAAGGCUCGUAUAGAUACAGAAGGGAACCGUAAACGUUAUUGUGACAUAAAUCUGAGUACCGGGGAAUUUAUUGUUGCCGAGAGGAAUGACAGAGAGGGGCUUUGUGGAGAGAAGGUUUCAUGUGCUCUAAAAUUCGAAUUUGUGCUUGAAGAUCCACUUGAGUUGCACCGAGUCACAUUGCAAAUUCAGGAUGUUAAUGAUAACACGCCUAUCUUCCCAAAGGAGUCUAUCAAGCUCGAAAUUAGUGAGUUGGCGGUCAAAGGCGCUCGCUUUCGUGUGAAUGCUGCCCACGACGCAGAUAUAGGACAAAACGCAGUGCAAAACUACAUGUUACAAAGGAAUGACCAUUUUCUGCUGAAUGUUCAAACCAAUACGGUCGGCAGUAAAUACGGUGAGUUGGUACUAGAUAAAGAAUUAGACCGCGAGGAGCAGCGGGAGUUAAAAUUAUUGCUAACAGCAAUAGAUGGCGGCACUCCGCAGAGAUCAGGUACUGUAGUCAUACACGUCACUGUACUGGAUGCUAACGAUAACGCCCCAGUGUUUAGCCAGGCCGUCUAUAAAGCCAGUCUGCCUGAAAACUCUCCUUUAGAUACUGUAGUGGUUACAGUAAGUGCUACAGAUGCAGACGAGGGAGUGAAUGGGGAAGUGACGUAUGAAUUCAGUCGCAUAUCUGACAUAGCCAGAAAAAUAUUUGCAUUAGAUCAGACAACUGGAGAAAUUAGACUAAUAGGAGAAAUAGAUUACGAGGAAGAAGCUAAACAUGAAAUCAUUAUUGAAGGGAAAGAUGGUUACGGUCUUUCAUCUGACACUAAAGUGAUUAUAGAUAUCACGGAUGUAAAUGACAACGCCCCUGUAAUAUAUCUGAAAUCUCUGAGUAACCCCAUACCUGAGAACGCGUCACCUGGCACAGAGGUGGGCAUCAUUAACGUGCAGGAUAGAGACUCUGAGAAUAACCGACAGGUCCGCUGCUCCAUUCAGCAAAACGUUCCUUUUAAUCUGGUACCAUCCAUCAAAAACUACUAUUCUCUGGUGACCUCGGGCGAACUGGACCGUGAACUAGUGUCUGAUUACAACAUUACAAUCACUGCCACCGACGAGGGCUCUCCACCUCUGUCCUCCUCUAAAACCGUUCAGUUAUCUGUAUCUGACGUGAACGACAACCCACCUGUGUUUGAGGAACAGUCCUAUAGCGCCCACGUGACUGAAAAUAACAAACCUGGCUCAUCAUUGUGUUCCGUUACUGCAAGAGACCCAGACUGGAGACAGAAUGGGACAGUGAUUUACUCUCUCUUACCUGGUGAGGCGAACGGUGUCCCGGUGUCCUCGUUCUUAUCCGUUAACGGAGACACAGGGGUGAUCCACGCUGUGAGGUCGUUUGAUUAUGAACAGUUCAGGAGCUUUAAAGUCCACGUUGUGGCCAGAGACAACGGUUCUCCUCCGCUCAGCAGCAACGUCACCGUCAGUGUGUUCAUAACAGAUGUGAAUGACAACUCUCCUCAGAUACUAUAUCCCGCUCCGGAUGGGAACUCCUUCAUGACUGAGCUGGUCCCCAAAGCUGCACACGGGGGCUCUCUUGUUUCCAAGGUGAUAGCGGUGGACGCGGACUCCGGCCAGAACGCCUGGCUGUCCUAUCAUAUAGUCAAAUCCACUGAUCCGGGACUUUUCACUAUUGAUCUUCACAGCGGAGAAAUCAGGACUCAGCGGGACAUUUCUGAAUCUGACAACAUGAAACAGAACCUUAUUGUGUCAGUGAAAGAUAACGGACAGCAAUAUCUCUCUGCGACCUGUGCAAUGUAUUUGGUGAUUUCUGAUAACUUGGCUGAAGUGCCAGAAUUGAAAGAUAUAUCUUAUGAUGAUAGCAAUUCCAAACUCACCUCUUAUCUGAUCAUCGCGUUGGUGUCCGUCUCCACCUUUUUCCUCACCUUCAUUAUUGUCAUCCUGGCCGUGAGAUUUUGCCACCAUAAAAAGCCUAGACUGUUGUUUGACGGAGCGGUCGCUAUUCCCAGUGCUUAUCUCCCGCCAAACUACGCAGAUGUGGAUGGAGUUGGAACUCUCCGCAGCACUUACAAUUAUGACGCCUACCUGACGACCGGGUCAGGCACAAGUGACUUCAAGUUCGUCAGAUCCUACAAUGACCACACGCUGCCCGCGGAUCAGACUCUGAGAAAAACUCCAACAGACUUUUUUGAAGAACAUGACGAUUCUGAGGGAUCAGCCGAGGUAGGCCUUUCAUGCAAAUAG